GGAAGAUGGCAGAAGGAACCAGACUAAAAGAGUGCUUGGAAGGGCAAAAACGAAUAGAGCAGUCCUUGCUGGCGGAGAUCCUCAAACGGGAAGCUGCAGAAAUAAGGCAGGGGGAGCUUCAAGAAAAAAAUCAGGAGGUUCAAGCUGAAAUCCUCAAACAGUUGGAGAAUAUACAAAGGAGGAUGGAGACAAUGGAAAUGAAGACAGAUCCCCAUAUUUCUUCAAGCUCAUCUCAGGGGAAGUACAGAUCUGGGGAGGAUGAUCAAAACAGAAACCCUUUCGCAGAAGGAGCAUCUAUUCUGGGGGAGCCGCCAUACGCCUUGGGCCUGCAUAACCUGUACACAGAGAGAUCUAAUCAGAAGCUUAAAAAUCAUGAACAUACUGGUAAUUACCACUCACAACUUCCUUUCCCAAAACUUGACUUCCCUAAAUUUGAUGGAUCCAAUGCACGUUCCUGGAUUAUCAAAUGUCAAGGCUACUUUAAGCUAAUGCCCCACAUUCAUUCCGAUCAAAGGGUCACAUUAGCCACUAUGCAUUUUGAGGGCAAGGCUUUGUCAUGGUAUCAACACCUGGACAAAGACAUUACAGUGUUAUCAUGGGAUCAAUUUCUAGGGGUAAUAUCAUCUCGAUUUGAAGGCUUAAAGGCAUCUACUGUCAUUGAAGAUUUUAAUAAACUCAAAAUGGGAAAUGAUUAUGAAAAUUAUGUGGAGAAGUUUGAAGAACUAAAAUCAUGUAUGAUAUUACUGCACAAGGAAACCUUUCCAGAACCGUAUUUCAUAUCUAGUUUUAUCAGCGGGCUUACCGAAGAGCUAAAGGCUUUUGUUAAACUGUUCAAACCUAGCACUUUGGAUGGUACCAUUGAUUUGGUAAGAAAUCAGCUGAUGACCUUGGAAACCAUCACUAAGAGGCUUAGGGUGGGUGGAAAAUCAGUUUAUGGGACUCCUAUACCUGCUAAAAGGAUGGAUGCUACUCUGAAUUUCCAGAAGAUGACAAGAGAUGGACCAAGCAAUACUGCACCACCUUUUAGAUUGCUUUCACCUGCUGAAAUGGCAGUCAAAAGAGAGAAGGGGUUAUGUUUUAACUGUGAUGAAAAGUUUGCCCCAGGUCAUAGAUGUAAGCAUAGACAUGUUUAUGUUUUAUUAGCAGGGGAUGCACCAGAGUAUGCCGAUACAGAAGAACAGCCAGAAGAAAAUGAGGGUGGAAACAUAGAAGAGGUACUUUUAACACUCGAUACUAACAACCAUAAAAAGAGAUCGACUACCAUGACACUGUGGGGGAAAUUGGGAAAGCAUAAAGUACAUAUACUGCUUGAUUCAGGGGCUUCCUUAAGCUUUAUCAGUCAGGAGGCAGUUCAGAAAUUUGGCUGCAAGGAGGAAGGGACAACUCCUUUGAAAGUUACCACUGCAGGGGGAAAUCAG